AUGUUCCACACACCUCUAAAGACACUCAAGCAGUCGCUUCACACAGUUCUUAAUCAGUCCCAGGAAUAUCUUGCAGACGUGUCUCUUGUCUAUCCAACUCAGAAGAUAUGGGCUCACAGAGCUCUAUUAGUCACUCGAGUUCCAAAUGAAUUUCGUAUACGUUAUAUGCCUGAGCUACAAGCAGAAUCAACUUCUUUGACUAGUCUGGCUACAAUAGUUCCACAGGAGUUGAUGAUGUAUCUAUUGCGCUUUUGCCUCGACUCGCUCUCGAUCCACGACAGCCGUAGCUCCGAUGAGAUCCGCAAACAGAUCACAGACCUCGAGGAAACUCUCUCGAUGCGGCUGUUACCAGAGUGCGAAACUGGUAAAACAGACGAUGAACAAUGGAUAAAUGACCUGACUCGUAUGAGAGCUGACCAAGUCCACAGCGAUGUCAUGAUAAACAUCUUCAAAGCCCCUGUCGAGAUCAAGAAAGAACCUCAAUCUAACCAAACACCUUCUCAGCCAUCUCCGGCUGGUCUAAGAAUUAUGUCCAAGUCGGGAGGCGUACCAAGCAUCCUUACCAGUUUUUCAAAGACCACAGAUCACCAACCAGUCCAAACCUCUCCACCAGUAACGAUAACAUUUCCAGCUCAUCGUUUUAUGCUGGCAGCCCAAUCACCCUACUUCCGUACAAUGUUCUGCACCGAGUUCAAAGAAGCUGCUAAUGCAACAAUUCACCUCCCAGCCGAUCUCUUCUCGGCUGCAAUACUUGACCUCAUCCUCCAUUACCUUUACACAGACACACUUCUUAUACCACCUAUGCCUGCAAAUACUCAGUCAUCCAAUGCAGUCCAACAAAGAUUAACGAUCAAAAAACAUUCUUUACGUAUUCUUCAAAAGGUGUACAGAGCGGCAGAUUAUCUUGGUCACAGCGACACUAUUUGCGUGGCUGUACUAUGUGAACUCGGGAACAUUUGUCAUGAUUUCAAAUGUUCUUGCUCUGACUGUGCAGUACUACUACCAUCAAUGUUGUCGUUUUCAAGUCAGCACGCAGGCUUAGUAGUGUCUGAAAUGCGUCGUAAAUUGAUUACAUUUUAUUCAGAUCCUGUCCAUAGUCUCUCCCUCUGGUCUCAAAAGCCUUUUGCAAUACUCAUCCAGUCUACCCUUCCAACUACACCCGAUGGUCCAAAGCCAACCACGCAGAAUGCGACACUCAUAGAUGACAUUGUGCAGCAAACAUUUGCAAAUAUCACUCGACACAAUGCGAUUCAUGUACUACACUCUCUUCAUCUCUGCUUGUCCCACAUCCGUAGCUCGGACCUCUCCACCACCUGGUCUGCCCCUACACUGGAUAUUCUCCAUGUGUUUCUUGACCAUACUGUUCAAAUGGUCUCAUCUAAUUUUGACUUUUAUUGUGUCGAAUACCCCAUUCUUCUGUCGUGUGUCGAUGGUAUUGGCGCAGGAUUUUCAGUAGACUUUCUGGGAUUUGUACUUAAGCAUGUAUUGGAAGAAGGUAUCGAGGAUAACAAUGCGACAGUUCUUUAUCAGGGAAUUGUUCGCGACCUAGUAGGCCGCCAAGAGAUGGUCAAGAAUGUGGCAGUUGACAGUGUGCUUUUGGAUGCUCGCCAAAGCUGUGCUAGCUACAUACGUCGUCGCUCUGCUGCUAUCAAGGCUAUCGAUGGAUUCAAUUCUCUUGAUAAAGAUGUUCUUCGUCAACUAUCUGAUGACAUCGGUAUUCCGGUGCGUACAUUGACGAAGCCGGUGGAAUCCGACUUUUCGGCCAUCUUUGGUUUUCACCCCAAGGCCAAAGCAGCGUUCAGGUCACGUACUGCGGAGUCUGACGAGAAGCUCAAGACGGUUUGUGCCACAGCAAGUGGCGGCGGCAAUGGCGGCAGUGGCGGUACAAUUGACAGCCGAUCAUCCGGUCGUCGUUUGUCUUUUAGUGGAUUGAUGACACAUAGGUACAGUGUUCCUACAAAAACCCCCGCACCAGCAGAGGACGCUUCUGCCUCUGCGAUACGGCCUGUUCCACGUGCACGCUCACAUUCUAGUGAUGCUGUGCCUAUUCAACUGGGGAUCACAUCAGCUUCUGCAGUUUCUACAUCUUCUGCAUCUUCUGUUGUGAGUGUAGGGACAGAUGAAAAGCCAGCUCCUCGGCGUCGUUUCCAUCCACCUGUCUCUCAAGGAUCCUCUUCUUCUCUCACCGAUGUUCUGCUACCAAUUGAUAGCGUCGCUUCAGUAGUGGCUGUGAAGGGUGAGACACCUCGGCCACGAAAACUUAAAUUUGAACUUCCUGCGACUCCUCUGCGUACAAAACUUACUCCUCGAAAGCAGAUUUCUGCUCAAAAACGUGCACAAUCUCCACGUCGCUCACGUUGGGGGCUUGGAGGAAGUACUACGAGUGAUAAUAGUGAUGAGGAUGAGAGUGCAACAAUUGUUAUUGGUACAAAGAUUGAGCUUCUUCGGCGUCCACUUCCUACACUUGGUACUAUCAAGUAUAUUGGAAAUGUUGAGUUUGGAAAAGGCACAUGGGUCGGUGUCGAAUUAGAAAGUAGAGUUGGUAAUAGUGAUGGAGCUGUUGAUGGAAAACGCUAUUUCCAAACCGAUGCACAACGAGGCGUGUUUAUCAAACCAGACGAUUUCAAGGUCGUCCAUCUGCCAACUUCAAAGGCCUAAUAUCUUACACUAAUCAACUCCAACAAGAAUGCAUUUGCAUUUGCAUGCAUCUUUCGUACAUACCAUUCUCAUUAUUUUCUUUAUGAUUCUCCCUCACUGCUUCUUCAUCCAAGACUAUCAUACUUUUAGUGUCACCAAACGAUUCGAAAAUGUGUUUUUCUUUUAAUACCAUUUACUACCUAUUAUCUUUCUUUCUUUUUGGCAUGUCCAUUAUAUUUGGAAUACAUAUAAUGUUUAUU